AUGACUGAGGCCGAGGUGGUGAUCCGCAAUGAGUCCGGCUACAUCCGGCACACAGCCACCAAGGACUUCGGACCUUUGGAGUUCACGGGUAAACUGGCAGGCGGGUUGCGGCAUGACUUGCGUAGACGGCUGCCGCUCUACUGCAGUGACUGGACGGAUGCCUUCAAGGCCGACAAUCUCCAAAAAUCCGUGAGUUCGGUGCUGUACCUCUUCAUUGCUGCCCUUGCGCCAGCGAUCACGUUUGGAAGUCGAUUCCUGGACGGCACGAAUGGCCAGUUUGGUGUAUUAGAGAUGCUCAUGAGUACAUCAAUUUCUGGUGUGCUCUUCUCCACCUUCGCAGGCCAGCCAUUGUCCAUCCUCGGGGCAACUGGACCCUUCCUGGCCUACACGCUGGUGGUUUACGACCUUGCCGUCGGGGCGGCGCCAUGUGCACGUGCGUUCCGUGGUGCACCUCUUGCUAGGCCCAUCAUCGAGAACUUCACGGAGAAAAGGAUGGCACUGAACAGCGCCAUGUUCGAGGCCUUGCUGUUCAUCUACACAUUUGGCCUGGCGACUUACCUGUCCCACUUCCGGCGCACGCCCUGGCUGCUCCGGUCCCUCCGCAACCUCAUGGCCAACUUCUCCGUGACCAUCGCACUGGUGACGGCCUCCUUGCUGGCAGCCAUCUAUUCCAGCGACACAAGCUUGAGGAUGCUGAGCGUGGAUGCGGACUUCUCCCCAAAUCUGGUCUUGUCGGAUGGUAGCAAGCGACCCUGGAUCGUGAACCCCACAGGCAUCGACAAACCAUUCCCUGCCUGGGGCAUUGCUUUUGCGGUGCUCCCAGCAAUCGGUUUCGCCGUGCUGGGCUACCUGGACCAGAACCUCACCUCCGUGAUCGUGAAUCGUCCGUCGAACAAUCUUGCAAAGCCGCCCGGAUACCAUCUGGAUUUGUUGGUGAGAGGGGCACUGACGCUGCCAGCCUGCGCUGUGCUGGGCCUGCCGCUAUCCGUGGCCUCGACGGUGCCCAGCAUCACGCACGUCAUUUCCUUGACCACCUACGAGGUGAAGCAGCUGCCUGAGGGAGAGCGCAAGGUCCCGACCAAGGUGGUGGAACAGCGGGCCACGAACUUCCUUAUUCAUGUACUAAUUGGAUGCUCGCUGUUCCUUGCCCCAGUCCUGAAAUUCUUGCCACGGGCCGUGCUGCAGGGUGUGUUCUUCUAUAUGGGUAUUGCCUCCUUAACUGGCAACAAUCUCUUCGACCGCUUGUUCCUGUGGCUGAUCUGGGACCCUGCCAAGUAUCCGCAGUACCACUACAUCCAGAAGCUGCCCAUCAGCCGCGUCCACCUCUACACCUUUGUGCAGGUGAUCUGCUUGGCAAUUUUGUACGGUCUCAAGGCCAUCAAGGAAACUUCGGUGGUAUUCCCUUUCUUCAUGGCCUCCCUGGCAAUCAUCCGCAAGGGCAUGCGCUGGAUCUUCACCGAGGAGGAGCUGAAGCUGCUGGACAGCUUGCCCGACGAGGAUGAGGGUGCUGAGGCUUCAAAGCCCGCGCCGGACCUCGUAAACCUCGGAGAGGGGGUGUGGGCCCCGGAAGGGGGCUUUUCUGGAAAAAGGGCCAUGUGCAAAGCACUGCUGCAUGUCGUGGAGCCCGCAAGAGGGAACUAUGACCGUAUUCCCGUGACAUGUUCCUGUGGUCUUUUCUGCAGAAAAACCUGCUCCCCGCAUCCUUAUGAAGCAAAGUUUGGCAGGGCUUGA